AUGGCAUUGUUGAUGCUGGUGUCGGCUCAAGCGAACUUCCUACCCACCAUCCUCCUAGCGUUCCUUCACUACUCGCCGACAAAGGCAAAUCUGUACGCAGCUGCCACUGCUUUCGCCACCCUGCCUUUCUACUGGGCCUGGCCUUUCCACUCCGACUGGACCCGUGAGCGGCUGUGGCACUAUGUCAUUCCUCUCCUGGGAUGUAUUCCAGCCUACGGUAUCUGGACAUGGUCAAGCGGACAUCCGCAUCAGCAUUCCAUAAAACCGACAGCCCUGUACGGCGUGGCAUUUUUGGCACAAAUGCCUACCUUCGCCCAACCCUCACUGAUUGCUUACCGUACGUCUACACUCUACGGAGCGAGCGAGCAGGCCAUUGGCACCGCCGCCACUUUUGCAGCUUUGUCGAUCGGGAGCAUCAUCUCUCCUCAGAUGUUUCCUAAUGCUGAUGCACCACUCUACCACGAGGCCUUCGUCGGCACCUGUGCGAUUGUCGCAGUAGCCAUCGUUAGCGCCCUGACCAUUCCCUGCUGGCUGACUCUGGAAGCUCGCACUCGCAAGCAGAAAUACGGCCAUGCCAUGCCGCUCCGUGCAAUGGAGGAUGCCGAUCUGAGCCAAGUGACAGAGGCCGCCCACCAUCACAACCACCAUGAGCUCAACGAGCGCCUGCGGCAGGCGGCGUUAGCGGUAAAGGACAUCGAAAUGGAACUGGUUCAGCAAAUCGAAGACCAAGCCGAGAGCAAGGCGUAA